GGUUUGUAGCAGAGUCCAGGCGACUUUGACCCACCUACACAGCAGCCUGCCUCGGGGUUCUCUACCGCGUCGCGUGUGUUUGUUUCCCUCGAUUCUUUCCUCUUCCAUCAACGCCGUCGUCCGUCUCGUCCUCGUGGGAUCGGAUCGAUCGAGCGGGUCGAGUCGGUCGGGAAGCAGCAGUCGCCGUCCUGGAUUGCGAAAUCACCCAACCAGUUUGGGAAAAAAUUGGUCCCCGCCAUGACUUCACUGCUAUCCUCGGGACCGUCGAACGACUUGGUGUUUCGCCAGACACACAAAUCCAUUCAACCUUCCACCCAGACCGUACCUGCCAGAUCGCCUCUUCGCCCGGCACCUAGAUCGAAUCGGGACAAGGAACGGGCGAGGACCAAGUUGCUAGACACCGUCCAGAAUCGUGACGAAUACGACUCGACUUCGAUAACGUUGCCGCGGGAGGACCGGGAUUCCUCAGAAGACGACGACACCUCCUUGCUAACACCUGGCCUAUCAGUAUCUUACUCCUCAACCAGCUGGUCAUCGGCAAGCGAAUCCGCAGAAUUUUCCCUUGCUAGACCCCCAUCUCGGCCUCUUUUCAUCAAACAAUACAGCAGUAGCGAUUACGCUUGGGGUGCAAGCGCAGUCUCGUUGCUCUUGCCGACGCCAACAAAGCAAACCGGUUCUGCUACUCCCACUAUCAUGCAACGAGAUGACGGGAUCUGGUCGAGACCGACCUUUGGGCAGGAGGAGCGUGCCGACACCGGGUUAUCUUUUUGGACUGCCGGAUCUCAUCCUCAAGACACCCCUCCCUUGUCGCCUUCGCCUCUUAACCUAAGCGCGCCGUUCAUACUGGGUCCUCCCGUCUCGAUGCCUACGAACGGCGGGCCCGUCUCCCCCGCCCUAGAUUCGGAGAUCCCUGCACUCCUCGACUCUCCCAUGCCGCCCAACUCUUCGCCACCUAACGCUCCCAAACUAGGCUCGAGCUCGACUCCUCCUCGAGCACCCAGGGCUCCGACAUUUGAUUCCCCUAGCCGGUUCACCCAGACCAGCAAUUCCUAUCCUUCCCCUAUCCAAGCGGGGUUCAGGACCCCUGUCUCCAAGGCAUCCUCUUCCCGCAGGUCGGUGUCAAGUGCCAAGGUAGCUCGGGCUCUUACCUUUGGGGACGACGAACAGGCCGGGUUCUCUCCCCUGAGUUACGAUGCCCGAAUAGCAGGAUUUACUUCCCCGCCGGCGAUCGAGAAAAAGUCUUCCUUCAAAUCCCUGUCGUCUGCUGGCAAGCGAGAGGCAUUUGGAUCUUCGAACGAGCGGGAAAGCAGUGACGACCGAGAUUCAUCAUCCCGUGGACACGCCACAGACAGACAGAACGUCCUACGAUCAUGGGCGGAGGAGAGAGAGGACGAAUUCGACGGGAGACCACCCGCGCUGAUGUCGACCGGCAUGAUGGCGUUACAUUCUGACAGCCAUCUCCAACGGGUGCCGUCAUCGUCCACGCUGGGCGGAGGGCGAGGCCAGAUAGAGGUGGAUUCCGUAUUUCAGACCCACGCGCCUUCUCCACCUCGCGAACGCCCGACCCCAGCUCCCGUCUCCACGCAACCGCUGCAAGGCGAAUUCAUCAACAUGGGCGAUGGACUGGCAGGAGGUCCGCAGAGGGAUGCUCGUGGCAAAAAGAUCAAUGUGGAUAAAUGGAGGCGCGCCGAUCCCUUGAGCGCUCCCUUGGAAAGCGGUAAAGAGAAGGAUUUGGGUGGAUUCAAGAAGCGCUUCUCUGCGUCCCUCAUGAGCCUCGUGGGCCAUACAAAGCAGGCAGAUGCAGGAUCAUCUGGGAUCCCCAAACGGUCAUCCGGGGAAAGUCAAGAUCAGACGCCUGGCUCACGCGCGAGGAAACUAUUCUUCCGUAGAUCGAGCGCUGCCAAAGACCUCGAACCCGAGCAGCCUCCUCAGGUACCUGCGCGUACUUCAUCAUACAAGAACCAGUCGUUCUUGCGCAAUCGAGCGCAGAGGCAAUCUAGCCACACCAAACCCCUCCCAUAUUCGCCUUCCAUGCCCAUCUUGUCUGAAAGCCUGCAACGCGACACGCCGAACGAUGACCGUAUCAUUGCGUGGCUCUCGACUACAUCCCUGAACCUGGAAUCCAUGGACACGCAGAACCGUCAACGGAGACCAAAGGCGGCGCUUGGAUUUCCAGACGAUCGGAUGAAUUGGAGCGCGGCACGUUCUCGACCAGUGCCAACCAAAUUGCAGGGAAACCCAAGCGCGAAUGACCCGCCGAUGGAUAACAUCGAGUCUCGCCCAACAUCGAUGGCCUUGUUUUCCAAACCAGCGAUCGAGUCGCCAUCUGCAAGUCUGCCCAGCAGGGCUUCGACUCCGGUUGCAGAAGAUGGGCAGAUCCCAGUCAAAAAGACCCGACCUCGAUCAUUGGCGCGCCUAUCCCUGCUGUUCCGUCGAAGCAACUCGUCCAAGACGAGUCUGGUCAGUCCGGUCAAAUCUCCGCAAAGGCUCCACACGGGCGACGCCUAUCAAUUCCCCCCUAUAGAGUCUCGGCGUCAAUCUGACUCGUCGCAAGCAGGUCUUCCCAAAGCCCAGAGGUCUCCCCAUGAGGGCGAGCCUCUCGAUGCUCCCGGCUCGCGUUGGCAGAGCCGACGCUCGAGCGGUGACUGGCGCAAACUCUUGCAAAGUUCCUCUACCGUGCUGCGUCCUGAGGAAGCGGACCACUUUGCCAGCAUCGUCAGCGGCCCCUCGCCCACGAUCCCCAGCUUGAGCAGAUCAUCAACUCCUGCAUUUGAAGCCUCUCAGCCUUCGGUCUCGGUCGAGGAUGAUCAGCCAAAAGUCGCAAUGCCAGAAUUCCCAGUUCUGCGAUCCCCCUUGGACAAGUCAUUCUCGCUGCUCAGUGAAGUCAUUGAAGAAGAGGACCACGCAAACAUGACCGCAACGACCGUUCGGGCCGGCCCGAUGACGACCUCUGUCGGAGUACAGACUGAUCCUCUAGCCUGCUCGCACUGUUCCACGGUGGAACGCGCUCCUAGCGGGCGAUAUCUUUCCGGUAGACCCAUGUCCCGGAAUGGCGACAAAUCCAGACAUCAGCGACACAGCCAUCGUGCCAGCGCAUCUUCGACCUUGCUUUCCGAAGUGACCGAAGCGUCCGCUGUCGCCGAUAACGAUGUGCGCAUUCGUACCAUUCUAUCCAGCCCGGUACAUUCGGUACCUCCGUCGUCUUCCAGGACUUCGUACAUAUUGGUCAAUGCGGAACAAGGUUUCGACAACGAAACCACUCCGUCCCAAACCCCCAUGCCCGCAGAGCUCGACAGCAGAAGGCUAAGCCUCGCAUUUCCGAUGCCGCCAGGGACCAAGACGGUUUGAGUCAGGGCUGAUAAAGGGCUGAUAAAUACAAGGUGCCGCCCACAUGCUAUCAUAUUCACAGGACUCUCUGUUGCUAUAACUAAAGCCUGUAACGCGCAGGAUAUCGUCAUAGAUUCAUGCAUGACAAAUUCACUUCAAAUACACUCGUUUCGAUUAUAGGUCGUGUAUGUCAGAUUUGACAC